UUAAAUGGCGGAUAAACAUUUAAAUAAUGUCAAGUCAGAGUCAUUGAAUUUUAAAGGUGGUGAACCAGGUGCAAGUCGUCAUGGUAAUUUUAUAAAUUAUUACAACUUUCAUUCGGCUGAUGAGCGUAUCCAACAGCUUCCUCAAGGAGUGUGGCAAACAAAUAAAUUUGACAGGAAAUACAUUGCCCUCGAUGUUGGCUGUAAUGCCGGAAAUUUGACAGUUGGUUUGUGGAAUUAUCUUGCAAAUCAACUUCCGGAUGUUGAUGUCAAUAUGUUGGGUGUUGAUUUGGAUGGAGUAUUGAUUGAACGAGCUCGUGAUAGCAAUGAAAAUUUAUCAAUAAGUUAUAAAUGCCUGGAUGUUGUCAGUGAUGAAUGUGACAAGGUAUUGAAUGACUACUUGAAAACAUUUGAGAGAAAUAAAUUUGAUGUUAUAUUUUGUUUUUCAAUAACCAUGUGGAUACACUUGAAUAAUGGUGAUGAGGGUCUUGUUGAAUUUAUCAAAAAAAUAUGUAGUCUAACUGAUAUGGUGGUUAUUGAACCACAACCAUGGAAGUGCUACAGAAAUGCAUCAAGAAGACUGAGAAAAUCUGGCAAUCAUGAUGAUUUUCCACUUUUUAAAUUAUUAAAAAUUCAAGGAGAUAUGAACAAGUGGAUUGAAGAUAUUAUUUGUGGUGAAGAUUGUGGCUUCAAGAGGCUACUUGCCACUAAUCAUAACACAUGGGGAAGAAAAGUUUUAAUAUUUCAAAAAAAUCAUAAUAAUAACAGUAUUAUACUAUUAUCAAUAAAUAAAUAA